AUGGCAGGUCUUUUUGGAAGCGCAACACUUGGUAUCGGGGGCGGUACUUUAAGUGAUCUUUUCCGUGCGCAGUAUCGCGGGAAAGCGGUUGCAAUCUAUAGCUGGUCUCCAAUUCUCGCCCCGCUGGUUGGUGCUGUCUUAGGCGGCUUCAUCUCACAAAACACAACAUGGCGGUGGACAUUCUAUGCUUCCUCGCUUUUGAGUAUCGUCAUCCAACUCUCGGGUCUUAUUUUCCUUGAGGUAACAUACCCUCCACUCUUGCUACGUCGGAAGAAAGCCAGACAGGCAAAGGCGACUGGAGCCGACGACCUCUACACCGAGUACGACCAUCUAGAUGAAGGUCGAGUGCAAGUUCUAUCCACGAACUUGUUCAGGCCUUUCAAACUGCUUGCCACCCAGCCUAUCAUCCAGAUUUUGGCCCUUUACAAUGCGUACUUUUAUGGCAAUAUCUAUAUAUUGUAUGCCAAUUACAUCGAUCUAUGGACCAAUGUUUACGGCGAGUUUAUUGAGAUUGCGGGACUGAAUUACAUUGCGAUCGCUAUUGGAUCUUCCAUUGCCGCAGAAUGCUGCACGCUCAUAAACUACGCAAUAUUUCGGAAACUAUCGAGCCGAAACGGAGGCACAGGUGUCCCUGAGUUCCGAGUCCCCAUUAUGCUACCCGCAACACUAUUUUUUAAGUAG